CUAGAAAAGAAAUUGAUGCGCGCCGUGCGCGCGCAGUUAUUAUUCCAUUCCAUGUUUCUUAACAUGGCAGGUCGCAGUGGGUUUGACGAUGGUAAUCUGAGGGACUACGGAGGCGGCAGACGGACGGCGGGCGGGCGAACGCUCCCGACUGAACCUCCGUACAAGGCCUAUGUUGGAAACUUACCCGGUGGCAUCAUCCAAGGCGAUAUUAACAGAAUCUUUCCAGAUUUAUCUAUCAAAAAUGUCAGGCUGGUUAUGGAUAAGGAAACUGACAAAUUCAAAGGCUUCUGCUAUGUGGAAUUUGAAUUUUUGGAACAUUUGAUUAAGGCAAUUGAAAUGAAUGGAGUUCUCAAUGUAGAUGGUAAAUUUAUCAAAAUUGAUGUUGCUGAAGAAAAAAGAAACGAUAGGGGUGGUGGAUUUGACCGGGGCCGCCGCGACGGGCGUGAUGGCGGGCGCGACGGCGGGCGCGAUGGUCGAGGAGGCGGCGGGUUACGCCGAGACGGCGGCCGUGAUCGUGAGCAGGGAGAGCAGCGUGGGAGCGCUGGUACGAGUGGCGAGCGGUGGGCUGAGCGUGGGGGCGAGCGCGGGGGUGAGCGUGGGGGCGACCGCGGCGGCGAACGUGGGGGCGACCGCGGCGGCGAGCGUGGGGGCGAGCGCUGGAGCGAGCGCGGCGCGCGGGGUGCGAGCGAGGAGGCGCGCAGCGGGGACUGGGGACGCAUGGGCCGCUCCGGGGCCCCACCAGCGCCGCGCCAGCCGCCACGGCGCAACUUAGACGAACCGCCCGCUCCUCCGAGAUCAGACACGUCGGGAAGGCCGAAGUUGGUGCUGGAGCCGCGGACGGUGAAGGAGCCUGUCAACUCGCUGGCGUCGACCAGUCAGGCCUCAUCAAUAUUUGGCGGCGCAAGGCCGCGAGAGGAACGGCUCAAAGAGCUGAAGGGCGAGUAAACCAGCUCCUUUCCUCUCUAUCCCCACACCCUAAGCCAACCCUCUCCUGUGUGUAUAUGUAUCGAUCAGAUACCCCUCCCCCUUACUUAUAAUCUGUUGCAAUCCAAUUUGAAUUAGAGGCAAAUUGAUUCUAUGUUAUUUAUAAAAUUUAAUAAACUGUGUAAGGGACUGUUUACGGAAAAGUAUGGCAGUUUUGGUGCAGAAAUAUAAUUGGAAAACUUAAUAUUAAGUACAUAUUUUAAUGUUGUCCUUUUUUUUGCAAAUAUGUCGGGCUCAAAGUCUUGUAAUAAAUUGAUUUUAUAUUUCGAAAAAAAUACAAAAAAAAAUGUACCCGAAACGCGUCGGCGUUUCUAGGUUUUCGCCUGUUAUCAACAAAGAGGUAAAGAAUUGUAUGUUUUCUGUAGACUGCACCUUACACCCUGUGUUGUAAUACUUUACAACAUUUUUAUAAGAUUAAACAGUGUGCGCGUAAGUCUUUGGCUGCGUCUGAGGAGCGAUAAGGUUUAAAGAGGAAAAUAUUGGGAAUUAACGCGGCAUUAUUCAUAACAGAGUUAGCGUUUAGUGCAAGGAACAGAGUGCACGCGAUCAGUGAUUAAUAUGAAGUUUUGUGUAUUUUUAUUUCUAUAUCUAUACAUAAUAUAUCUACGAUGAAAUCAAAAACAAAUUGUAAGAAAUUAUGUUUAUAUUUAUUUAUGAUGCCGACUUUUAAGUUAGAACGAAUAAAGUAAUGCAGACUUAAAAAUCUCAAUUUUUAUUAGUUAUCUUCAUCGAUGGAUUCCGCUUUAAAUUAUAAAGAUACGUAGACCGCUUUCGGUUCUGAUUCACCGCUCAUAUAUCUCAAGAUGGCUGACGAUUUACGCGCACUAUACAAUCAGAGAAUAACUUAAUUAUUAGGGCAUAAACCUAGCCUCUACACCAAAAUUCACCUAUCAGUAUGGAUCUGAAGAUUUCGUGAUCAGUCAGGUAUUUUGAUGCUCUAUUGUAAAGUUAACAAAACAUCCUUAUUUUAUUUUUUAAUAAACCGUCAAUACACUUUACGUAUAAAUUUAAGGUGUUAAAGAAAUUAUAAGUUAUUAUAUUUUCGUAAUUUAUAUAUAAGUGUUUCAGUUAUGUUUAAACGAAAACAACAACCAAAGAUACCCGCUGACUGAUCCGUACAUGUUCCUGUGGCACGAUUAUGUCUUUAGAAAUCAAAAUCUCAGUAUAUAGCUUA